GCAGGUGAUCAGAUUUUAGAUUCAGUUACCUGGUCAUUUUACCAAACUAACAGUCUUUUUUUUUUUGUUCUGAACUAAGUAACAACGUCAAAGAACAAGGCAAUUAAGCCAAUCUCAUCCAACACUGAUGAAGUCAUCAUCGCCUUCAUCUGGUAGCUAAAACUCUGUCUCGAUCCAGAUCUGCUCACACAACACCUCUCCUUCAAAUCAACAAUGUCACCCUCCUCCCGCAAACAACACUACGCAACGAGCAGCCUCGUAGUCGGCUACGCGCUCUGCUCCAGCCUCCUCGCCGUCAUCAACAAACUCGCAAUCACCUUCUUCAACUACCCAGGCCUCCUCACCGCCCUCCAGUACCUAACCUCCUCCCUCUCCGUCCUCCUCCUCGGCAAAUCCGGCCUCCUCCGCCACGACCCCUUCACCCUCCCCACAGCCAAGAAGUUCCUCCCCGCCGCCGUCGUCUUCUACCUCGCCAUCUUCACCAACACCAACCUCCUCCGCCACGCCAACGUCGACACCUUCAUCGUCUUCCGCUCCCUCACCCCUCUCCUCGUCUCUCUCGCCGACACCCUCUUCCGCUCCCAGCCCCCUCCCUCCCGCCUCACCUUCCUCUCUCUCCUCGUCAUCCUCGCCGGCGCCGUCGGCUACGUGGCCAACGACUCCGCCUUCACCCUAACCGCCUAUUCCUGGGCCCUGGGGUAUCUCGUCACCAUCACAACCGAGAUGGUCUACAUCAAGCACAUGGUCUCGAGCCUCGAGCUGAACACGUGGGGUUUCGUGCUCUACAACAACCUCUUGUCUCUGAUGAUCGCUCCCGUGUUUUGGUUUCUCACCGGGGAACACACGGAGGUUUUCGCGGCGGUGAGUGCGAACGGAGGGAGCUUGUUCGAGCCCGUUGCGUUUUUCGCCGUGGCCUUGUCGUGUGUGUUUGGUUUUCUUAUUAGCUUCUUUGGGUUUGCUGCGAGGCAAGCGAUCUCCGCGACUGCUUUUACCGUGACUGGUGUGGUGAACAAGUUUUUGACUGUGGUGAUUAAUGUUUUGGUUUGGGAUAAGCAUGCCACUCCUGUUGGGUUGGUUUGUUUACUUGUUACUAUCUGUGGUGGUGUUGGGUAUCAGCAGUCUGUGACCGUUGUUAAGAAACCGACCAAUGGUACCGGGAAGGUUGAUGAUGAUGAGUCGAUGGAGUUGAUUCCGGAUGUGAAACAGCGGUGACAUGUCCAAUCUGCUAGGAGUUAGUUGGCAAAUGAAUGGAUUAUAGUUUUUUGGAGUUUCAUGCUUCAAAAUGUUUCUUUUUUUUUUGAAGUUAAUAUAAUCUGUAAAUCCUCUCAGUUGAAACAUAGCAAGUGAACCAGAUCUUUGUAUUGAUAUCUAUUUGAUUCAGAACAUCUGUACGUGUCACCAGCAUUUUAUAAUUGUAACCCUGUCAUCGAUUUCUUAGUU